AUGUCUUCUCUUCCUCCCGUCUACAUCGUCUCUACUGCCCGUACACCCGUGGGCUCGUUCCUUGGCUCCCUAUCGAGCCUGACCGCUCCUCAGCUCGGAUCCCACGCCAUCAAGGCCGCCGUCGAGCGUGCUGAGGGCAUCAAUGCUUCCGAUGUCGAGGAGGUCUUCUUCGGCAACGUCUUGUCUGCUGGUGUCGGACAGAACCCCGCCAGACAAUGUGCCCUCGGUGCCGGCCUUAACGACAGUACCGUCUGCACCACCGUCAACAAGGUCUGCGCCUCUGGCUUGAAAGCCAUCAUCCUUGGUGCCCAGACUAUCAUGACCGGAAAUGCCGAUGUCAUUGUCGCCGGUGGUACCGAGUCCAUGUCCAACACCCCCCACUACCUCCAGACCAUGCGUAACGGUGCCAAGUACGGCAACCAGACCCUUGUUGAUGGUAUCCAGAAGGACGGUCUGAUGGACGCCAGCUCUCAGGAACUCAUGGGUCUUGCAGCCGAGGAGUGUGCUCAGGACCACGACUUCAACCGUUCCCAGCAGGAUGAGUAUGCCAUCCGCAGCUACCAGAAGGCCCAAGCUGCCCAGAAGGCCGGUGCUUUCGACUACGAGAUUGCUCCCAUUGAGAUCCCCGGCUUCCGUGGCAAACCCGGUGUUACCAUUUCCCAGGAUGACGAACCCAAGAACCUUAACCCCGACAAGCUCCGCGCCAUGAAGCCCGCUUUCAUUCCUGGCACCGGGACUGUCACUGCCCCCAACUCGUCGCCUCUCAACGACGGUGCCGCCGCUGUUGUUCUGGUUUCCGAGGCCAAGGUCAAGGAACUCGGCCUCAAGCCCAUUGCCAAGAUCCUGGGCUGGGGUGACGCUGCUCACAAGCCCAGCAAGUUCACCACUGCUCCUGCUCUUGCCAUCCCCAAGGCUCUCAAGCAUGCCGGUGUCACCCAGGACUCCAUUGAUGCCUUUGAGAUCAACGAGGCGUUCAGUGUUGUGGCCCUUGCCAACCUGAAGCUCCUUGGCCUCUCCGAGGAGAAGGUCAACAUCCAUGGUGGUGCUGUCGCCAUUGGUCACCCUCUUGGUGCCAGCGGUGCCCGCAUUGUCUCCACCUUGCUUGGUGUGCUGAGCGCUAAGAAGGGCAAGCUUGGCUGCGUCGGUAUCUGCAACGGUGGUGGCGGUGCCAGCGCCCUUGUCCUGGAGUCCCUGUAA